GGCCCAGGAAGUGACGGCCUUCGCGGAGUCCACCGAGACUUAGACGCCAGCAGCUCUUUUGCGUCCCUGGGCCCUGGGCGAUGGAGAACGGAGCGGUCUACAGCCCCACCACAGAAGCGCACCCAGCCCCCUCCAGAGGCGCCCGGAGAGGCCUCUCCAACUACUUCACCUUAAAGCGGCUCAAGGGGCCCUUGCGAAUCCUCAAAUUUAUGCAGCUGGUGCUCUCUCUGUUGGCCUUUAUUUGUGAGGAAAUCGUAUCACAAUGUACUCUGUGUGGAGGACUUUACUUUUUUGAAUUUGUAAGCUGCAGUGCCUUUCUCCUGAGUCUCCUUAUCCUGAUUGUGUACUGCACUCCAGUGUAUGACAAAGUUGACCCCGAAAAAGUCAAGCCAUCGGAUUUUUAUAUUACUGCGGGAACAGGAUUCGUGUUUUUCGUGGCAUCUUUAAUUUUUGCUUUCACACAUGACAAUACCUAUGCUGAACUUUUUGCAAUUGGGUUUGGAUUUCCAGCAAGUUUGAGCUUUCUGUUUGACUUCUUCCUUAUGGCCUAUGAAAAAUUUAAGCAGCCCCGGCCAAGAAAACCUGAGGAUACCACCAGGACAGAGCCCCUCACUGAACCACUUAAUGCCUAGAGACUCUAGAGAACAGGUGUUCCAGAAGGUAGCACCUGCCAAGUGCCUGAGCAGGAGUACUUCGAGAAUGUGUGUCGUGGAGAACAAGGCAGGAAGGCAGUGUGAUCAAUAAUGAUUGGACUUUGUGUCAGUCACCAUACCCGUGGGCCAGAGGGCUUUUUGUUUUUUCAAAAAAUUUUUUUUAUAACAGUUGAAAGUAGUGUCAAAUGAAGUUUUGUUUGGAGGUGAGGGCAAUUGUUUAUCAUCAGCUGAGCUAUGUGAUUUAUUCUGUCAUUUUUACUAGGCUAGUAAGGCUUAACUUUAAGUUAUACUUUAUAGCUGUAUAGACAAUAGCAUGAUUAAGUCUGUCUAUUUAGAAAUGGUUCCAUUUUUUAAGUCAAUUUGCGUUGCUUUUACUGUUUUUUGAUGACUAGAUAACAUUUAAUCUAUGUGUUUCAAAGAUCAGUAUUUUAAAUGUUGGUCUAAGUUUUUCCCUUCAAAUGUAAAACCCAGGCUUUACUGUAUCUCACUCAGCCUUAAAAUUACACUGUAACAUUUUACUGUAUCUCACUUAGCCUUAAAAUUACACUGUAAUUAUUAUUCUUUCUGAGACCUGUUAUAAAUGUGUGGGAGAUGUUGAUAUUCUGUGUUACAAAAGCAACAACAUCAGCAACCCCAUGUUUAUAUUGCAUUUUGGUUGUUGAUAUCAAGUUAAAAAAUCUUUAUAUACCAUUACACAUAGAAAAAUGGAAGAAAUUGCUGUCAUGACUAAGGACCAAAGAUAAGAAAGAUCUACUUUUUGCCCAAUAUAGUGAAAGUAGUUUGAAAAGCAGUCUUUAGCCACUUACCAAGUGUCUGAAGAGAUGGCAUUCAUACCACAAGCUAGAAAAUGGUUCAUUCCCUUUUGCCAUAUAAUUAUUUCUACUGAAAGUAAUACAGCUCUGCAGGUUCUGUUCAGUGUUUUCUUUGGAACCAGUCUAAUUUUUAAAACCCCAACCUUUGAUUUUUCAUUUGAGAGCCUUCCUCUCUGUCUCCGUAUCAAAACAGUCCAUGACCUGCCUCUCACUGGCAGAGAUGGGCCUCUGGCUCUGGCUUCCUUGAUGGUAGUGGGCUUGAGGUGUUCUUACAGUCUUGGGCCUUUCUAACUGCAUAGACUCUGUAGCAGGAUCUUUAGGGUUCUUGUUCCCACAUAGGCACUGCUCUCAUUUCUCUUCAGAGGAGAACUUCUUAAGAAAGUGAAGAUCUACAAAAGAAAAUCCUGCCCAGGUUAAUAAUGUUGAGGGUAUAAGGGAGUGAAACCAUUCUCAGGAGAUAGUUCCUACCCAGUUCUGAUCAUUUGGAAGAAUUGUCUGUAGCUGGCAGGCUGUCUUAGAGUCACAGGCAGACAGGGCGCUUUGAGUGGGACCUUUCUAAUCAGGUGGUUCACAGGCUAGACCUUUCUUAUCCUCCUGCUUGACUUUUGACUCAAGACUCUAGGGUGAAGGCAGUGAGGCCACAUAGCAGGUCCUGCAGUACUUUGGUGGAAGGCUCCCAGGCUAGGUUUUCUGUCUGAAAGAGUGGAAUCACAUUUCCAUUGAGACAGUUUAACAACCCCACCCUUUAACCUCAUCUGCCAUUCAUGUUGUGGAUGGGUUUCAGACAUGGCUUCUGCUCUGUCUUAUUGCCACGGAACCUUAGCCAUUUACAUCAGAGUUUUGAUGCUAGUGCUGGUGGUGAUGUCACCACUACCUGCUUGGGAGAUAAUGAAACCAAUCAUGGGUGUUUUUUUUUACUGGGAGUGCUAAACUAAGAAAGGAGAAAAGGCCUAAGUCUUGGGUCUAAGAAUAAACACUUGGUCAAAGAUAAGCAGCUUAUGGUAGGCAGAUUCUUGAAUUUCACAUCCAGCUGUAUACCACUAUCACUUUAAGUAUCAUCUUCACCUAGCUGGGAUUCACAGUGGACCGUCUGGGCUGCCUCAGGGUUCCCACUGGUGCACCGGGCUCAGCUGAAUUUGAGGGAAUAUCCUCAGCUGGCCUCACUCAAACAGCAUUUACACGUGGAGCUGAAGCUCUGCUCUGAGGUUUCCCUUCCAUCUGUUUCACUGGCACAGAAGUGGCCUCUGAUCCAGCCACUGAAAGAUAAAAUCAUCACUGGAAUUAUUGGUUACUCUAGAACCUUUCUUCACAUUUUUUUUUUUAAACAGGACCCAUGACUGUUUAACUUCCAUCUUCUUUUGUAGAAGGAAUUAGGAUUAAAAUUUUGCGGUGAAUAAAAAGUUCAAGAAGAACUUGGGACCAAAGCCACUGUUAUGUAUAGAAAAGGGCAAAAAUCAGUAAACUCAAAAAUAAUUUCUUAUUAGUGGUUAUGAUAAAUUUGUUACAUUUUAUACAAAUUGUUUAGAAUGGUUCUUAAAAAUUAUAAGGGAAAUGCACAUACAGUAUGAAAAUUUUAUAAUUUCUAUACUUAAAUUAUGUUCUAUUUGGGGACUGGGAAAUGUAUUUUUACAUUGUUUAUAGCCAAUCAUUUUUGUAUUUAUUAAUUUAAAUCCUGUGGGUCUUUUAUAUCUCUCUUGCUAUCAAAUUUUUUAGUCUUCUUUUUCAGUAAAUCCACUUCAUUAUA